AGUUUCAAGUCAUUCGGUACACUGGUGUCAAAAUUAAGCGAAAAAAACAUAUCGCCUAUCGUUUUGCUCCUGACUGUAUGUAGCAUCGCUCGCACUCCAUAUGUAUACCUUACUUUCUAUGCCUGAUUUCUGGAUACAAUUAUGGUUGAUGAUGCAUCCGAUAUAUAUUAUCGCAAGUAUUUUUGUGUGCAUACUGUUGUCUUAAUUAUACAUAUAUUGGCACCGCUAGAUUGAAGAUUAAUUCGUCCUUUGGGUAUGCCCAAGGAAUUCCUGAGACACUAAACUAACCACUUUGGACGGGAGGCAAUACAUAAUUUUUGGGUCAUUUAAUUAUUUUUUCGCUAAAUUAUAAGUCAUCUGUUUGUAUUGUGUUGUGUUGUAUUGUAUUGUGUAUUUAUUUGCAAAACUUUAUCAUAAUUGAUUUCUUAAAUUCGAAGAGCGGACCAUUGAUAAAUGGAAUACAUGCAUGAUACAGAACCGCAAGAAAUUUUAUCAGUAAUUCAUUCCGUCGAGUAGAGUGGAAUCUACAACCGAACCCGGAAGCUACAUAAAUAAUUGCAGAUUUGCUUGCAAGACCCAAACAAUCAUUAUUGUCUCACGACAUUUAAUGCAUAUUUAUAUACUUUCAUUGGUGGCUAAAUUAAACAAUGUCACAUUAUUUGUUUCGACAGCCAGGCUAAUUUAGUUGAGUGAAUUAUUUGAUCGCAGUUGUGUCCUGCACUGAAUGCUGGCAGACAUAAAAUGCGACACUAUUUUCGUUUUGUGUUGGCUUUGUUUUUCUACACGAUGCCCGCAGGAUCAAGUUGGAUAGAACUCAUCGAUAGGAAAAAUGCCCCCAGAUCGACAGGGUUUCAGGUGUUAGACACCGACCAGUAUCCUGCACUGCAUAGAAAUCGGGAUAGUAACGUUUCCAACAUUGAACAAGUCUCCAACCCGAACGUCGAUCGACAACUUGUACCCGCGCAGUCGCAAGAACUCGAUAAUCUCAACAGGUUUGGAGACGAGGAUGAAGUAUCCUGCCGGUCGGAGGAGCAUGCAAAAAUUGUGUUCGUGUUUGACGGCAAAUACCCUUUCUACUCAAGAAAUCCCGAUCGUGUCCAUUCCGAAUUCUACAUACAAUUGGCUCAAAACAACAGACAAACUUUACUAAUCGAUAAUAUGUACGACCUCUUCCAUCAUAUUUCAAUCGGUGUCACGUCUUACUCGGACUGGAAGACAACCAAUGAAGAUCUACUUUACUGCUACAAGUUCAAACAUCAAAAAUUAAACCCUGGCCUCCUAUAUACGGAAAUUUAUCCCGACAAUGCUUUCCCACAGAACGGAACGGAGGGUUGGGAUUCCGUAUUGAAUGCCGUGCUGUACACCGCAAUGGAUGGAAAUAUGGAUUGGGGAAACGGUAAAAAAGUUGUCAUCUUCGUGUCGAAUAAAAAAUGGAAAUGGGAGGGCGAUUCGAAUAAUCACAAAGGCCCGGAGUAUCAGCUCCCAAGCAUAACCAAGGAUAUGAUGGGGGAUAACAGAAACAAAUUUUGCGAUUACAAACCAAUCUCAAAAAAACUGUUUUUCGACUUGACCGAGAAUUAUAAAAUCAUUGGAUUGCUGACCCCGAAGGGUUCUGACCCCGCUAACAAUUUUUUUAACAAUCCGCCCAAAAAUAAAGAAAAUUACAAGAUGCUGCGGAUCAGUGGAACAGAUACUGAUGGCGCGAAGAGUAUUGAAACUGUCUUAUUUCCAGCUUUGCGGAAAUAUCUUUGCACGUGCAAAGUGGUGUAUGAAUUUGCCCUGGUGGUCGAUGCAACCAUGACCUUUAUAGAAUUUGAGAAAAAGUCGUUUUUCCAGCCAAAAUCAUAUCCCGAGUGCAUAAUAAGUUUCGCCUCGUAUAAUUGACCAAUCAAUGGGUCCUCCUUUACCCGCUUGUUGCGUGUUAUAGAACCUAUUAUUCGAAAGCUAUCACGGGAAAACAAGAAUUCCAAAUUCCAUCUAACAACAUUCGCGGAUUACCC